AACGAAACAUAGUAGCGCGGGACUUGAUUUCCUUUCCGUUUUGACUUGCCGAUAGGGGUAGGGGAAUCCAACUGUAACAAGAAGAAGAAUGGCGGUCUCGGCUUUCAGAUCCUCCAGCAGAAGAAGCGAUCCCACCGGUGCCUCAACUUCGUCGUCAGCUAAACGGAGCACCGACAUUGACUCUAAGCCAAACCCAAAACCAAUCAGAAGAUCCAGAAGCGUCAGCGCUUCCUCAAGGACCGCCACUCUUGACUCUCACAACAUUAACAAGAGAGACAACCCUCUCUUCUGGUCCUCCUCAGAUUCACCAGCCGCGCUUCACCCCAAAACCCCGCUACUACUCAAACCCGACAAAGAUUCGCCCCCGGCAACUUCGUUCACUGCUGCUGAUUCUGGAAGAGGCCGGUCGGUGUCUCGGAACGCCGAUGUUCUGGUCGGUCGGAGCCACUCCAGAGUCGACACUGGCCGUCGCAACCGCUCCGUUUCCCGGUGUCCGGAGCCCAGGGGGCGUUCCGUCAUUUCCAAGAGUGAAGAUGAACAGGAAUGUACUUCUUCAUUGAAUAAAGCAGAGCAAGGCAAAAAGGGUGGUUUGGUUAGAACUAGCUCGGAUGAGUUGGAUCAGUUGAGAGGCCUGAGGACAUGGUCCAGUCAGCAUUCACCUUUCCAGCCUUCACAUGCCAACUUUUCCAGCUUGCAAUCUUCGAAUUGGGAAGAUGGAGUUUCCACCGCAAGUUCCUUAUCUGGAGCUGAAGAGAAAAGUUUUAAAGCGGCUUGUGAACAGAUGAAUAUAGAUCAUGGACCUUCUGGUGAUAAUUUGUCGGUUCAAGCUAUUCAUUUGGAAGAUGAUACCACAAGUAGUAAUAUAUAUGAAACAGUUCGAUCUGAAGUGAGACGUGCUAUCUCUGAGAUUCAAAAAGACCUUGAAAGUGCUAUGCGAAGGGGCAGUACUCCAACACUAGCAACUUCUGACAUUUCCGAUAUCCCUCCCGACUUAGUAAACCCAAGUGCAGUUGAAUUGGUUUUGGACAUCAGAAGAGAAUAUGCCAAAAAACUUGAGCAGUCCAAGGAAAGGGCUAGAAAACUUCAAUCAGAUUUGGCUGUUGAGGAGCACCGUGGACAAGAGCUCAGUAGAAUCCUGAAGGAAGUGCUUCCAGAUCCCAAGAUAUCUAAUGCGCCGAAAUCUCGUCCAGGAAGAAAAGCUAGCAUUGAAAGAAGAAAGAUGUCAAAACGUCUGACAGAUGAAGCUCUAGCCUAUUUUGAUGAGUGUGUAUCCCUCUCAACUUUUGAUAGUUCUGACUUCUCAUCGCCAGAGGACCCACCUUUCAACUUAGUCGGUAUUACUACCCCUGUUGAUAAAAGUCUAUCUUUACUUCAAGAAAGUUCAAGUGCUUCAGUCGUGAAAAGCUCAAAUGGUAGCCUCAAUGAAAAACAGGUGUUGAGCAUCCCAAAUCAAUUUGCCAAUGCCCACAAUCCAUCAGGACUAAUGGCCAGCAGUGGUCCUGGGGAGCCACCCUUGAAUCAGAUUAGUCCUAACAGUGCCAACAGAGCCAAGGAUUGGAAAUUCUCAUUUGCUCAUAAGCCAAUUGAAACCCUUGAGCUUCAACAAGACAUUAGGAAGUACAUCAGACAUUUUGAGAAAGAUGACAUGGAAUUGCAGUGUGUAAGAUCCAUCUCUUGUGAUUUGGGUGAAUAUAGCUUGCAGGCUUCAGCACGGAGUUAUAUGUUUGACAGGGUUUUAUUUGGAAAUAGAAUAGAGUCGCGGGGUAUUUUACUCUGUGGCGGUGGUAUCUCAAGUUCAUUUUCUCCAUUUUCUUCUUUCUUCGGAUAG